GAGGCGUCGGUGGUUUUGUUCGAGGAUCUGCGACUGUGUGCCGUCAAAUCUCUGGAGAACAUCGACCGGCGCUUCUGCUUCGAUCUGCUCUCUGUGCAGAAGAGCUGUGCUCUGCAGGCGGAUUCUGAGGAGGUGAAGCAGUCGUGGCUCGAAGCUCUGCAGGGGAGCAUCGACCUCGCCUACAGACAGCCUAAAGAGGCUCCUCCCCCUCAGGGUGGGGGCGACUCCUCCCCUGGCCCCCCCCCUCAGAGGCAGUCUGUGCUGGGCGAGGCGUUCAGGGCCCCCGGGAACAUGCUGUGCUGCGACUGUGGAGAGGAGGAGCCUCGCUGGGCCUCCAUCAACCUGGGGGUCACCGUCUGCAUCCAGUGCUCCGGCAUUCACCGGAGUCUGGGAGUCCACCUGUCCAAGGUGAGGUCUCUCACUCUGGACUCCUGGGAGGCAGAGCAGCUGAAGCUGCUGUGCAUUCUGGGUAAUAACGUGGUGAACAGGAUCUACGAGGCUCGAUGUUCGGAUGAAGGACGAGUUAAACCCCGAUCCGACAGCUCGAGAUCAGAGAAAGAGGCGUGGAUCAAAGAGAAAUAUGUGGAGAAGAGAUUUGUGCAGAGCAGCUCAGAGGGGAAGGCGGAGGCCGGGCGGCGUCUGUACCGGGCGGCCAUGGCGGGGGAUCUGGUUGCCAUGGCAGCGGCGUUGGCCGAGGGGUCGGAGGUCAACGGGAGCAUCGGCGAGGAGGGGGGGGGGCAAACCCCGCUGAUAGGAGCCGCUAUCGGGGGCUCUCUGCUGGCCUGUGAGUUCCUGCUGCUGAACGGAGCCAAGGUCAACCAUCGAGACCUCCGAGGACAAGGAGCGCUGCACGCUGCUGCCACCGCGGGACACACCGGUCAGGUGUGUCUGCUGCUAAAGAGAGGAGCCAAUCAGUACGCGGUAGACGAGAGGGGGCAGGACCCAUUGGCCAUCGCCGUGGAAACAGCCAACGCUGACAUCGUCACGCUACUUCGGAUGGCCCGGAUGAACGAAGAGAUGAGAGACUCAGAGGGAGUGUUUGGAGCCAUAAGAGACGACGAGACGUUUCAGGAUAUUUUCCGGGACUUCAGCGACAUGGCGUCCCACGACCCCGAGAGGCUCAGCAGACGGAAGUUCAGCCGCGAAGGACAGGAGGAGGAAGAGGAAGAUAAGAGAGGAAGACGAGGAGAAACGGUGAACAGUGUUAAAAAGACGACGCAAUGACAGAAACUUGAAGCCCGACGGACUUAAGAGACGUCUCGUUAACAGACGGCUCGUUAACAGACGUCUCGUUAACAGACGGCUCGUUAACAGACGGCUCGUUAACGGACGGCUCGUUAACGGACGGCUCGUUAACGGGCGGCUCGUUAACAGAUGGCUCGUUAACGGACGGCUCGUUAACAGAUGGCUCGUUAACGGACGGCUCGUUAACGGACGUCUCGUUAACGGACGGCUCGUUAACAGACAGCUCGUUAACAGACGGCUCGUUAACAGACGAGUUGAAGAGACAGGUUGUUAAGAGACGUCUCGUUAACAGACGACUCGUUAACAGACGUCUCGUUAACAGAUGCUCGUUAACAGACGGCUCGUUAACAGACGGCUCGUUAACAGACGAGUUGAAGAGACAGGUUGUUAAGAGACGUCUCGUUAACAGACGACUCGUUAACAGACGUCUCGUUAACAGACGCUCGUUAACAGACGGCUCGUUAACAGACGGCUCGUUAACAGACGGCUCGUUAACAGACGAGUUGAAGAGACAGGUUGUUAAGAGACGUCUCGUUAACGGACGAUAUUCCUAUUGACGUUUAGAGAAGUUGACUGACAGCUACACGUUUCUAAAAUGCAAUGCUGAAGAUAGUGCUGUGUAGUAUAUUCUUUACACCGUGUUACGUACGGUUGGUCCUGGGUUCAUCAGGUGAGACAUCAUUUCAUUAUCUGCAUGUUCUGCUCCUCCUGUGGUCUGAUAGCCAUCGCUAAGGUUUCCAUUCAGUUUGAGUCAUUGUUUGCAAAAAGGAAGGCUAAUGAAGCGCCUCCAUCAAGUCCCAUGGAGCUAAGAGACUUGGUUACACCGAGUUUCAUCGGAAGGUUUCGCUGUAAACAACGGUUUAUAUUUGAGGGGAAAAAAGACACAACAGUCUCACUUUAAAUGGCGUUUUACAAGCGGACGACUUUGGAGGAAUGUUACUUUGUUCGAGACCAAUCUGUGGAAACAGAGCGUCAGCCUGUGUGAGAACUUUAAGCUACCGUUAGCAGACGCCUAGCUAACCUAUAAGAUGUCCGUUAGCUGUAUAAAUAAAAAAGCCACUUGGUCGUUACGUACGUAGUCAAAAGAAGAGUCUACACAUCCCACAGCUGCUUCGACCGAUAUUGUGGGGAAGAUGUCGACGAGACACAAAGAUAAUCUCAGUUUGAUAAAUGUCUGAUUAGAGUUUUGCCUCUUGCAUCUCUUCGUUGAGUGUGAUCGGAAACCACUAUUUGAUCUGAUUCACCGUCAAGUUGGUGUUUGAAAUGUCUGCAUUGCGAGGCGUCUGAAGAGGCUUGUGGAAGAAAAUGAAGGAAGACAAUAUCCUCACUAAAUAUUUUAUGAAUCGGACUUUCAACGCAAAGAAAUCCCCAAACUGGGAUCAAUAAAGUGCUUCUGAUCUUAACGAGGCCCUGUUCUGCUUUAAGGUGCGUCCUGUAGUUCUGUAGGUUUCAGUGCAUGUCAAUGGUCUGCAGAGGCUAAAAUCCCUGUGUUUCUCCCCCCCCCCCCCCCCCCCCCCCUGAUUGGACUCCUUUGUUUACCUCCUGAACACAGUGACAUCACUAUGUAACACUCACGCUCCUAUUGGCUAUCUCUCCAACACAUUUUACAUGAGGUUAAUGGGCGGGACAUGUCUAAGCGGUUGACCAAUCACAACAGAGCUGACCAAUCAGAGCAGGCUGGGCACACCUUGUUACAUUCCAGUUUAUGUACUAAGUAACCAUACAUGACAUGAACGUGACAUGCUAGCUGUUUCCCUUUACUUCCAGUCUUUAUGCUAAGCUAGGCUAACACGUCCUGACUCCAUGAAAGCAUAUUAACUCAAAACUAUUCCUUUAUCCUGUCUUUUGAAUACAGUUACUGAAACUCCUCACAGCUGUUUGUUGUUAAUGUUAUUUAAAAUAUGAGUACCUGAGGUCAGUAAGAACCACUUCUGUCUGAUUAGAUCAGCACUCAGUCUGUUGGGACUUGAACCGGAGGGUCACCGGUUCACGAACGCCCCCCCCCCCCCAACCGCAACACACUGUACAAUGGCUGCCCACUGCUCCUAGUACUAGGAUGAGUUAAAGGUCUCCUAUCAUGCAACAUCCUCUUCUCCAUGUCUCUUCUACAUCAACACGUGUACCCUCUGUCCAAAGAGACUCUGAUGUGUAGCCAUUAGCCAAUCAGCAACCAGGGUAACCCCCCCCCCCCCCCCCUUAUCACCUGAAUCUCCUCCUAGAGCUCCAUUGAGUUCUUUGUAACCAAAUGUCUCUCAGAGGGGCGUGGGGAGGGGCUCAAUAUUUUCAUCUAAAGUAACAGACAGAGAAUCAGCACUUUGGAAACUGGGCUGAAACAGAGGGGAUUAUGGGUAAUGCUGCAAUGAUCUGUUUGGUGUUUCAGCCAAUCAGAGACAGGCUCUGGAUAUAUCUGACACCUGUGAUGUAUUGAUGAAGAACAGGAUAACAGGGGACCUUUAAGUCCAGAGGGUCCCAUGGUGUGUGUGCUACUGAGUGUGUAUGCCAACAAUAAAGAGGGUUUGAAUUCCUCUUUUAGCUUUUAUUCAAUAUAUUUCACGUAGAAACUCGUCUUAAAGAGGCUCUAAUGCGGAUUCACUGCACCUUAAGGCUGUCGGAUGUAUUGUUUGUGUUGUCUUGAUAACAGCCGGAGUGUUUAUUUAGUUUUAUUUCAUGUUUUUUUGUCUUGUGUUCAGAAAGGGAUUUAAUGUCAGUGUGUAUUACAGAAACAGAAUAGCGGGAGGCCAUUUCUCGAGAAGAUCCCGUUCUCAAAACAUUCUCCAAAUACUGAAAAAAGAAUGACUUAUUUUCUAAAAACUGUCAAAAUAACCACUAAAAUGUCCAAAUAUUGACUUGAAUGUGUAUUAAAACCAUAUGUUCAGAUAUCAAUUCAUCAUCUGGAGAAGGUUUGUCACGAUAAGGAUCUCUUUCUCUCUAAAUUGGUGGAAAUGGGCUUAAAUAAAACUUUCUUUGACUGAAAAAUGUUCUUAUUUCUGUAUUUGUAAUAAAGACUGAAGAGGAAGACUCUGGAGCAGAUCUCACAGCUGCUGCUAAAUAACCUGAACAUAAUAACACAUCUUAUUUAUUGGUAAAUGUUCAUGUUUUAUUCCUGACUGUUACUAAUGUGAUGCUAAAUAAAAGCUUAACACGUC